AUGUUUUCACUGAUAAAUAAUGGUAUAUUACGGUUUGCAUAUGAUGAUGAUGAUAAAAUUAAGACAAGUUAUUAUAUAAUAAGAUAUAUACAAAAUUAUUCAAAUAAUUUGAUACGCUUUUCUAUAUGGUUUUUAAUAAUUGAAAGAAUUCUUGCAACUAAAAAAAGAAAAACAUAUGAAAAAAAUAAAAAUAUAUUAGUUAUUAUAGCCUUAUUAACAUUGGAUUUUUCAUUUGCUGGAAUAUUUACCAAUCUACGAAAUAUAAUAUCAAUUAUAAAUCAAAAUUUUCAUCAAUUUCUUUUUGUUAUUGAUGUUCCUCUUAUUAUAUCACUUAUCAUUCUUAGAUAUAUUAAUCGAUCAAUACGACGUCACGAAAAUUCAGUUAUAUUAAAUUUAACAGAAAAAUAUCAGAUUAUUGAAAAUGUAAAAAGUAUAUCUAAAAUUAUACAUACAGUUUGUGCAUUUGUUUUAUUAUCUACCGUAGAUUUAUGUAUUUUUUCAAUAGUUGCAGAAGACUCAAUGAAUUAUCAAUUAAAAACAUUGAUAAAUUUUUUAGUAAAAAGUAUAGUUUAUUCAAUAAUUACCAUGCACCUAAUUUACACAACAUACAAAAGUGAUAAUAAAAAAAAUUAUGUCAAUAUCUUUUUUGAAAGAUUUUUUUGUAAACAAAAAAGAAAUAAAAUAUUUGUAUCUGGAGAUAAGUUACAACAAGUAAAUACACAUUCAGUUAAAAAUAUAGAUGGUUUAGAACUUGUCCAAACUGGAACACAAGAAAAUUAUUUUGCAUAUUUUGAAAAAGUUUGGAAAUAA